UUCUUUCUUCUUUCCCAAAUUUUGCCAACAAUACACCAAACGUAACCGCAGGCACAGCUGGGCCAAAUCCUACUCCCAUCCCUGUUACCAAAAAUUUCACCAAACACUGUUUCGGUGUUAGAUCUAAGAGACCCCACACACCUUCGAUUCUACGCCACCGUCCAAUCGCAGUUUUGAUGGCGAUCUGCUUGAUUCAACGGUGAUUGAGAGCUAUUGAACUGUUGAAUUGUAAAUUGGAUUGGAUGGACAAAAAUAAGAACCGCACCGAUCUGCUUGCUGCUGGACGUAAAAGGCUUCAACAGUUCAGGCAGAAGAAGGAUAAUAAAGGGAAUACUAGCAAAUCAUCAGGCAAAUCCUCUAAUUCUGGCCAUGAUGCGAGUACAAAUGCUCCCAGUGAACCGGUGCCAAAACCAAACAAAGUUGCAGUUAGAGAAAGAUCUGGGCAUGAUGCUGAAUAUCAUAUUCCUUUGUCAGAGUCCACUGAUGAUCUGUCAGCGAAGACUGGUAUAUUUGGAACCACAGAGUUGGUUGCAGGGACUGUCAAGUUCCCAUUAGAGGAUUCUGGAGUCGCUGAGACCAAGUGGGAUAAUAGUUCUGGUGAUGGACAUGAUGAUGUUGAUUUGUCAAUCGCACAUGGAGGUAGAUAUUCUUCUAUACAUCCUGAGGACGUGGAUCAUAAUAUGUCAGGAACUUUAGAUCUAGUUGUUCCCAAAGAGGAAUCUACAGAAUCCAGUAUAUCUUUGCCCAUUGGUUUUUCAUCCCACCCAGAGAAGAAGCAUGGGGAAGAGCAGGUAACAGAUGUAGGGGCUGUGCAGGAAGUUGGCACUUCUGGUGAGAUUCAAGUUAAUGCUGGCAGCGUGAUGCAGCUUGAAGGAGAAUCUAGACUUUCUUCAAAUGAGUUUGACGACGGUGCAGGUGGCCAUAUGGUGCCUGUUUCAGGGAGUGUCGAAGUGGCCGAAGUUACCCAGCUGGACACACAACGAGAGCCUGAUGAUUCUUCGUCAUCUGUUGUUGCUAUCAAUGAUGCUGAUGACGCUCAAGGGAGGCAUGUCACACAACCUUUACCUGAUUCAGAAGUAAUAUCAGCUACAAGUUCUGAGGUGAUUGGUCUGCGGAGAGAAGAUUUAUUAUCUGAUUCGUCGUUCAGAGAGAAGACAGAAAUGGUUUCUGUGUCAGGUGACUAUGCUGAAGGCACUCAAGUAAAUUUUGGUGAUAGUAAUGCAGAAAGAUCUUUUGAGUUCAAUACUAAUGUUGCUGAGAAGUCCAUAGGACAGAAGAAGGUGAAUUUGCCUUCUGGAUCUGAUGGAAGUUUAAUCAGCCUCUCCCAGUUAUCAGAUAUAUUACAAAGCCUUGAUGAAGAUGAAUUUAGGUUCUUGUUCAUGUCAAGAGAAUUAUCUUCUGAAACAUUAAGAAGUACAGACAACGUGAAGGUGCAUGAGCAUUUUUUUAAUGAUGCUUUUGAGCAGAUCAAAGAACAUUUAUAUCUGACAAGUUUUGCAAGGGAUGCAUUUCGCUUACAGAUCUCUGAACAUCAACAAUUUGCUGAUGAGAUAUCGAUGGCCAGUACAUCACUCAAUGAAGUUCAAGGGAAAAAUGAAGUGCUUGCCAAAGAACUUGCACAGUGUAGGUCUGAAGUUAAGGAACUUGUUUCUGGGAGGGAAGAGCUCCAAAAGCAGCUUCACUUUUCAAUAUUCGAGGUUGAAGAACUUUCUGCCAAAGUCAAUGAGUUGCAGAAUAAACUUGAAACAAACCAAGGAGACUUGUCAAUCCUGAAUUCAGAGUUGCUUGAUUCCAGGAAUUUGGUGGAAACUUUGCAGAUUAAAAAUGAAAACUUAAAUCAGAGUUCUAAUCUGAUGACCAAGGAGAAAAAUAAACUUCAAGAGGAGAAUGAGCACACUGUGCUUGAGAAUGAGAAAAUGGCUAGAGAGUUAGCUCAGUGCCAGGCUUCUUUGGAGUUGCUGCGAUCAGAAAUUAUAGACUUGACUGAAAAUCUGGCUUCACUUAGAGAAGAGAGGAGGAAGCUUGAGGAUGACAAGGAAUUUGUUGUUCAUGAGAAUGAAAAAUUGCUUGCUGACUUGUCCAAUUAUAAGAGGAUGGUUGAAGCUCUUCAGGUGGAAAACAAGAAUUUGAAUGAUGUCCUUCUAUCAGAACUGGAAAAGAGAAAGGUGCUCGAAGAUGAAAGAGAUUUUAUGCUGCAGGAGAAUGAGAAACUAUCAAAAGAGUUGAUGGACAGCAAAGAUUUGGUGGCUGCUCUUCAGGCAGACAUCUCCCACCUAAAUGGGGUUCUCACUUCCGUAACAGAGGAGAGAAACAAGCUUGAAGAAAAGAAGGAAACAAAAUUCAGUGAUAAUGAGAACCAACUGCACGAGUCAGCAGAACUCGAAACAUCAUUAUCAAGUCCACUGUCCCCACUUAAAGUGAGUAGGGAUGGUGAAAUUCUGAUAUCAGAGAAGGCUGCAUCUGAAUGCCAUGCAGAUAGACCAUCUCAGAAUGGACUGAAAAUGGACACAUAUGAUGAUUCUUUCGGGUUUGUCGUACUGAAAAGACACCUGGAGGAUGCUGGGAAUGUGAUGCAAAAACUUGAGAAGGCAAUUGAAGAAAUGCAUGUUCACUCAACCUCCUUGAGUGGGUCGAGUGGUAAAGUAGUUGGAUCUGGAGUAUCAAAACUUAUUCAAGCCUUUGAGUCAAAUAGUCACACUGACGAUGAUGAUUCAGAGGACCCCCCUUCUUCUGAAGACCAAACAACAGGAGAUCUAUACACUAUAGCUGAACGAGUAGCUCAAAAUCUGAGAGCACUGCUCAAGGAGUUAAUUCUGGAUGCCGAGAAUGCCAGUGAAUUCUGUAGGGGGAUGAAGGAGACUAAAUUGCUUGCUGCUGGGGCUGGUGCUGAGCUGAGGAGUGACUAUGAUUCUCUGAGGGAGCACGGUGAUCAUCUAGAAGAAGCAAACUUAGAGCUUAUGGUUCUAUAUGAAGCUACAAGGGAGCUUGUAUGUCACGCUGUUGCAAGAGAGGAUGAGCUUGUUAUUUUAUGUGAUGCCUUACAGAAACAAGAGCAUGCUCUGAAAUCAGAUAAUAAUGAGCUUCGAGAAAAGCUGGUUGACUUUCUGCCCAAAAUUAGUGAAUUAGAGAGACAAUUUGAUGAAACAUGUCAAAAUUCAAAUGAAAUGGUCACUUCUAUCUCCAAUCAAAUUAUAACACUCCAGAAAGAAGUAGUUGAAAGGGAAUCAGUACUGGAAGAAGAAUGGAGUUCUAAUGUUGCUCAGAUUCUUCAGAAAGUUGGUGAGUUGGAUGCUAGCAUUGAUCCACUUCGUUCCUCCACCUCAUUCGCAUUCAUAGAUAACAACCUGGAUGUUGUUAGCCGUGUUGCCAUUUGUGUGGAUUUUGCCACCCAACUGAUUGUAGGUCUGCAAGAUCAACUUGAAGCUUUGCACAAAGAUCAUCAAGCACUGUGGGAUGCCUACAACGAUAAGCAUGAGAAAUGUAAUACUCUGCUACGCAAGAAUGAAAUGACUACCAAUACAUUGAAUAGACUUUAUGAUGACCUCUGCAAACUUGUCGGUGAAGCAUCAGGAUACAAGGAUGAAACUGAAACUGUUUGGUCAAGAUGUGACUCGCAAGAUCUUUCACAUCCUGGUGUUUUUGACACCCUCUUGGAGCAACUGAACACGUUUCUUGGUGAGAGAAUGAAGCUUCAGUCUGCACAUAAUGAACUCAAUGCAGAGUUGACGAACAGAGCUAGAGACAUUGACAAACUGGAGAAAAGUUGUCUUCAGUCUGAUGCUAUUUUGAAGUUAGUUGAAGAUAUUGAACAAUCAGUCAGGCCGGAGGGGAUUGAAAUUUCCUCAGAUGAACCUGCCUCACGUCUAGAGUCUCUCAUCCGUUUACUAAUUACAAGAUAUAAAGAGGCUGCUGGGAGUUUAAGCAUGUCAAGAGAGGAGACUUCUUCUUGGAAAAUGCAAUUAAGUGAUUUGCAGGCACAAAUUGAACACUUGAAUUUCAUUCUUGUGCAACAUGAAAAUGAAAAUAUUGUUUUCAAGCAAAGUUUGAGAAGUGCUGAAGAGGAUGUAGUUACCCUUACUUUCAAACUACAAGAGAAAGCUGCUGAACUUGAACAGUCAGAUCAGCGGGUGUCAUCCAUUAGAGAGAAACUAAGUAUUGCUGUUACAAAGGGGAAGGGUCUGAUUUCACAGCGUGACGGUCUUAAGCAAUCCCUAGCUGAGACAUCCAAAGAGCUGGAGAAACGUUCUCAGGAGCUGCUAGUGAAAGACACCAGGCUUCAUGAACUUGAAACAAAACUAAAGGCCUAUUCGGAGGCUGGUGAACGCAUGGAAGCUCUGGAAUCUGAGCUCUCGUACAUUCGCAACUCUGCUACUGUAUUAAGAGAAUCGUUUCUUCUUAAAGAUUCUGUUCUUCAGAGGAUAGAAGAGAUUCUUGAAGAUCUAGAGCUGCCUGAGGACUUCCAUUGCCGAGAUAUCAUUGAAAAGAUUGAUUGGUUAGCAAAAUCUGUUACAGGGAACUCUUUGCCUCUUCCUGGUCGGGAACCGAGAAGCUCAGUGGGAGGAGGAUCAUACUUUGAUGCUGAAUUUGGUGAUGUGGAUGGCUUGAAGGAUAACACAAAGCCCAAUCCAAAUUCCAGUGAUGACGUAAGAAGAAGAUUUGAGGAAUUGCAGAGCAAAUUUUAUGGGUUGGCCGAGCAAAAUGAGAUGCUUGAACAAUCAUUGAUGGAGAGGAACAAUCUUGUGCAGCAGUGGGAAGAAAUUUUGGACAGGGUAGAUAUGCCUUCUCAGUUGCGGUCCAUGGAACCUGAUGAUAAGAUUCAGUGGUUGGAAAGUGCAUUAUCAGAGGCUCGGAACCAGCGUUAUUCCCUCCAGCAGAAGAUUGAAAACCUUGAAACAUCUUGUGAGUCCCUAACUGCAGACCUAGUGGAUACACAAAGAAGAAUGUUCGAGCUAGAUUCAGCUCUUCAGCAGGCUAGCAGAGAGAAAGAAAUUCUUACAACGAAUCUGGAGAUUCUUGCUCAUGAUUAUGACGAAAUCUCAGAGAAAGCUGCUGGUUUUGAAGUAAACAACAGAAACCUUAAUAAUGAAUUAAGUUUGUUGCAAGAGAAACUGGAACAGAAGCUCAGGUUUGAAGAAGAUGUUCGUCUUGUUGAGGCUGCUAUAAGCAGACUGCAGGGUUUGGUUAAGGACGUUCUUCAGGAUUCUGGUAUAGGUGAUGUGGUAUUUGGUCAGGAUGGUAUCAAAUGUUUUGAAGCACUGGUGAUGAAGGUUAUAUCAGCUUUUCAGCAGGCUAGCAGAGACAAAGAAAUUCUUUCGAAGGACUUGGAGAUUCUUACUCAUGAUUAUGAUGAAAUCUCAAAGAAAGCUGCUGGUUUUGAAAUAAACAAUGGAAACCUUAAUAAUGAACUAAGUUUAUUGCAAGAGAAACUGGAACAGAAGCAAGGGCUUGAAGAUGAUAUUCGUCUCGUUGAGGCUACUAUAAGAAGACUGCAGGAUUUUGUUAAGGAUGUUCUUCAGGAUUCUGGUACAGAAGAUGUGGUAUUUUGUCAGGAUGGUACUGAGUAUUUCGAAGCACUGGUGAUGAAGCUUGUAGAAGGAUAUAAAACACUUAUGUCAGGGAAACAUAGUAAUGGUGACUCGGCUGACGCACACAUUAGUGAAAAAGUUGAGCUCACUCACAUUCCAAGAAAUGCUGAUGAGCAGGAUGUAGUGGUUAUGGGCAAAAAACUGGAGGAUUGUAUGGGUGAAUUGAUAUUUUUGAAGCAACAGAAAGAUGAAUGCGUGCAGAAUAAUCAAUCUUUAGUCCAUGAUCUUGAAGCACUAGAAAUUAAAAAGAAUGAACUGCAAGAGCUGCUUAAUCAGGAGGAACAGAAGUCAGCUUCUUUCAGAGAGAAGCUAAAUGUUGCUGUUCGAAAAGGAAAGUCCUUGGUUCAACAGCGGGAUGGCAUGAAGCAAGUGAUUGAAGAGCUAACAGCUGAGGUGGAGCGCCUGAAAUCCGAGAUCAAGCUUAACAAAAAUGUUGUUCUUGAGUAUGACCAAAGGAUCAAGGACUUGUCUGUGAACCAAGAAAGGGUGCAAGAUUUAGAAUCUGAGAAUAUGUUCCUUAAAGACCGUGUAUGCUAUUUGCAAGAGAAAGAGAGUAGCUUGAGCAUGAUUUUAGACACUUUGGGCAAUAUUGAUGUUGAUCUUGCACGCAAUAUUGGCAAUCCAGUUGAGAAGCUGAAAGAAAUUGGGAAACACUGCCAUGGUCUGCAGACAGCUCUGGGUUCUACUGAACAAGAAUCAAGGAAAUCAAAAAGAGCAGCCGAGCUACUGCUGGCAGAGUUGAAUGAAGUUCAAGAAAGAAAUGAUGUCCUUCAAGAGGAGCUAGAAAAAGCUUCCGGUGAGCUCUCAGAACUUUCCAAGGAAAAGGAUUUAGCUGAAGCAGCCAAACAUGAAGCUCUAGUACACAUUGAAAAGCUGUCUGAUAUCCAUGCUGAGGAAAAGGACAGACAGCUAGCUGAAGUCACGGUGAUAAAAUCUGUCAUGGAUCAAUUGAGGGAGGAGCUUUUUACCAUUGACAAUGUAUUGGGGGAUGUUCUCUCCAAGGACUUGGAAGUUUUGCAGAAUACAGAAGCCAGUAUGAAAUCGUUUCUGGAACUAGGUGAUGAGCCUGACUUGAGUGAUCUAUUUAGUUCCCAUGGUAGCAUCAUUUCAGUAAAACCAGAAAAGAAGGUUUUAAUGCCAGAAAUUGGUGCUCUCAAGGAGCGAUUGUCCAAUCAUCAACAUUUGCUACACAAAGAAGCGUGUCGUUUAUCUGAAGUAGCAAAGACUGUUCGUACAGAAAUUUCUUCUCAGAAACAGUCUCUUGAAGCAAUGAAGAGAAGUGUUGAACAGUUAGAAUCCAUUGAGAAAGAGAGGGGUUCUGAAUUAUUUACUAUGCGUAGAAACGUUUCCUUGAUUUAUGAAGCCUUUAACAUUGUGAUUUUUGAAAUCGAAAAUAGGAAGACCCAUAUGGUUGGAAAUGAUUUGUCCCUUGGAGCUCUGGAAACAAAGUUAAAGUCUCUAGCGUCUGUUGGAGGAGGUGAUCUUACCAGUGAUGCCCACACUUUUCAUGAGGAAGGCAUCAGGACCAUCCGAGACAAAUUAUUAUUGGUUAUGAAGGAUUUCAUAAGCAUGCAAACUGAUAUUCUGGAAGUUAGACAGAAGGAGAUGAAGGAAACAAUAUUCAAUUUACAGAAAGAACUUCAGGGGAAGGACAUCGAGAAAGACAGAAUUUGUAUGGAGCUUGUUAAUCAAAUAAAGGUAGCUGAAGCUAAGGCAAGGAAUCAUUUAGAAGACCUACAGUCUGUGAGGGCUCAGCUACAUGAUUUACAAAAACAGGUGGAUGUGAAGGAAGUGGAGCACAAGGAAUUGGAACAGAGAAUGAAAGAAUCAAAAGAUCUGGAAGCCACGUCUGAGGCCUUGCAGCAGAAAGUUAAAUCUCUAUCGGAGGUGCUAGCUGCGAAAGAACAAGAAAAUGAGGCAAUGAUGCAAGCACUUGAUGAGGAGGAGGCUCAAAUGGAGAACCUGACAAACAGGAUUGGCGAGCUGGAAAGAGAAUUGCAACAGAAGAACAAACAAUUAGAAAACCUUGAAGUUUCUCGUGGGAAGGCUUUGAAGAAGCUUUCGGUCACAGUGAGCAAGUUUGAUGAACUUCAUUAUUUGUCUGAAAGUCUCCUUUCUGAAGUUGAGAAGCUUCAGUCACAAUUGCAAGAGCGGGAUAGAGAGAUAUCUUUCCUUAGGCAAGAGGUUACAAGGUGCACUAAUGAUGCACUAUCUGCAACCCAAAUGAGCAAGAGAAGGAGCUCUGAUGAAAUUCAUGAUUUCCUGACAUGGUUAGAUACACUGAUUACUCCGGUGCAGGUGAAUGAUCUAGGUUCUGAUAGUAUGAAAGUUGAUCAGGUUAACGAAUAUAAAGAGAGACUACAGAACCAGAUAGUGGCUUUUGUGACCGAAUUGGAGAAUCUUCGUGCGGUGACCCAGAACAGUGAUAUGCUGUUGCAAGAAGCAAGGGGUAAGGUGGAAGAGUUGACACGAAAAGAACAUCAUCUUAAGAAUUCAUUGCAUGAAAAGGAGUCUCAAUUAACUAUGCUUCAAGGUGCCGGAGAGUCUGGACAAGUAUCAAGUGCUAUGUCGGAUAUCAUGGAAGUUGAACAAGUGACAAACAAAUGGACAGCUCCUGCUACCAUUGCAUCAUCGCAAGUUCGUAGUUUGCGGAAAACUAAUAGUGAUCACGUUGCCAUGGCUAUAGACAUUGAUCCAAGUAGUGACAGGUUGGAUGAGGAUGAUGACGAUAAAGCUCAUGGGUUCAAGUCGCUCACUACAUCAAGACUUGUUCCCCAAUUUACGAGACCAGUAACCAAUAUGGUUGAUGGUUUGUGGAUGUCAUGUGAUCGGGCACUAAUGCGACAACCUGCUUUGCGACUUGGUGUCAUAAUCUAUUGGGCUUUGUUGCAUGCUCUUCUUGCAACUUAUGUUGUUUGAGAAUCUGACCGAGUGGUCACCUUUUGGGGAAAAAAUAGAACGUCCUGAUGCAAGCUAGGAAUGGAGUUGCAGCCAUUAUUGUGCCGGAGAUAGGUCUAUAAGUUUGUAUUACAUAAUCAUCGAGUUCAUUAUUCUAGGUUGUUCAAUUCAUUGUUUGCCAACCUGGAAACUGUGAUUUUUCUCUUUUAUUAUGCAAUCACAGAUUUCUUGGUUGUCGUCAAUAAGGAAAAAUGCAUUAUACAGGAUAUAGAUUGAGAAAUGGUUUAACAAAUCAAGUUUGUAGGUCUAUUGCAGUCUAUAGAAGAUUAAAUAUUGGAGGUUGCUUUGCUAAAGUAUAGUACCAGUGUACCACAGUUGUUUUAUCCUCGAUGUUAGUUUUAGAUACAAAUGUUACCAAUAUUCGGAGGAGUUUGUCAAUGCAAGACUAUUAGAACAGAAUGUCAUCAGGACUGGUUUCUCCACCAACUGAAAUUUGAUGCUUAUGUUCUGAAACCUGGAAAUUGUACAUGUCUUUUAAAAUCGUCUUGCUUCGUUCUUAUUCGAUUUAGAUUUAUCAUAAUUAUUCAUUA